AUGGAAGUGGGCCAGGAACUCUCCCACAUGGACCGCCUCACCCAGACCCAGAACAGUAUCGACGGCCUCGUCCGCAUCAUGUACUCUUCCCUCAGCUACCUCUCGCGCAAGGCCAACUUCCGCCAGAUCAACCCAAACUUCCCCGUCACCCAGUCCAUCCCGGGCGCAGACCCCGACGACGUCUUCCAGGCCAACCGCAAAGAGCUCGUGUCCGACUUUCUGCGCAAGGCCAAGCAGCUCGAGUUCCUCAUCGACGCCCUCCCCUCGUCGGCUCCCGCACCGACCGCCGCCGCCGAGGGCACCCGGGACGACGACGACGACUUUCGCCAGCUCGAGGACGAGAUGCAGCAGGUCAACAAGGAGUACCUCGAGGCGCUCGGCCAAGCUGAGUCUCUCCACGCUCAGCUGCAGACGAGCCUGCACGGCGUCCUCGAGUCGCGCAGCUCGGCGCCCUCGACCGCCGCACCAACCGCCGCAGCUUCGCCCGCACCACCUCGUCCAGCAGCCUGA